AUGGUUUAUAAAGGCAUGUUAUCUGAUCAACGUGUGGUUGCAAUAAAAAAGUCCAAGGUCAUUAAAAAGGCUGAGAUCACUCAAUUCAUCAAUGAGGUCGCUAUCCUCUCACAAGUAAAUCAUAGAAACAUUGUGAAGCUCUUUGGGUGUUGUCUGGAAACUGAGGUUCCACUGCUCGUGUAUGAAUAUAUAUCUUGUGGCUCACUGUCUCAAGUCUUAAAUGCUGACUCAAGCACUAGUUUUUCUUUGUCCUGGGAUGAUUACUUAAGGAUUGCCACGGAAACAGCAGGAGCACUAUCUUAUCUCCACUCAGCGGCUUCAAUAUCAAUCUUCCCUCGUGAUGUGAAAUCGUCAAACAUACUCCUGGAUGGGAACUACAGAGUUAAAGUUUCAGAUUUUGGUGCUUCUAGAUUGGUUCCAGUUGAUCAAACACACAUUGUUACAAAUGUGCAAGGUACAUUUGGGUACUUAGAUCCAGAGUACUUCCAUACCAGGCAGUUAAAUGAGAAGAGUGACGUGUAUAGUUUUGGUGUGGUACUAGUGGAGUUGCUUCUUAGAAUGAAGCCUAUCAUCAGGAGUGAAUCAGGCACAAUGCAGAACUUGUCACACUACUUUAUAAGGGCAUUGAACGAGGGAGGGAUCGCCGACAUACUGAACUCUGAAGUCCUUGAGGAAGCAACUAAGGAUGAGAUCAUCGAUGUUGCCAGUCUUGCAGAGUUGUGCUUAAGACUGCGUGGUGAAGAAAGACCCACCAUGAAACAAGUUGAGGUUGAGUUGCAGAUAUUACGAACAAGAAGGGCAAACUCAUGUCAAGCGAAUGUAAUAAAUGAAGAACAAACACAACCAAUGUUGUUAACUCGAGGAGUUAAAGUUGCUUUCCAGUCGUCAGCCACGUUAGUGGAUUGCAGAUACAACUUAGAGUCAAGAGACAGCCAAGGUUGCUACGACCUGCAGGAAGAGUUCAUGGCAUCAGCUAGUCUAGCACGCUAG